AUGUUAUGGUUCGCUGGAUUCUCUCUUUGGUAUUCAUUCAUUGAUAUUUUGACUCAACCAGCAAUGCAUUCUUAUAAAAAUAGUUAUAUUGUGAUUUGCGCGAGUUGGUUCAAAUACAAUAGAGUGGUUGGACCGAUCAUUAUCAGUAAGUAAAAGACAAAUGUUUUCCAUUCUCAAACAUCUGAUUCAAGCAACUUAUUGUACCUCAUUUGGUCUGACAGUAGUUCUUCUCGCAAUUCAUUUUGUCUAUCGAUUUAUAGCGAUGAGUAGACCAAGUGAAAUUCGUUUUUUCCAAUGGCCUUUGGCUUUAAUUUGGCCAGCUAUUUUCUCAGGAGUUGCAAUAUUUUGGUGGUGUAAUGUUUAUUUUCUUUUGAGUAUUAAUGAUACUUUGAAUGAUUAUAUGAGAGAAACUAUUGCUUUGAAUUAUCAAGAUGAUAUUGAAGAACUUUCCUACAUUGGACCACUUUACUUUGUAAGUUUGCGUUUUGAAAAUUUUUUAGUUUAAACGCUGAAACUCACGUUCAAUUUUUCAAGGUUACUGGUCCGAAUGGAGAAAUGAAAAUUGUUUGGGAAAGUUGUAUUGGAAUGUUGAAUGUUGGAAUAAUCUCUGGAACAACUCUCAUUAUUAUAAUAACUCUUGGUGUAAAAAUCUACAAGAAAAUGCAAAGUGUAAAAGAUAUGGUCGCUGAGAAAACUCGUGAACUUCAACGUCAACUUUUCUACUCACUUAUGGUUCAAACAAUUGUUCCAAUUAUUUUCAUGUAUAACCCAACUACAAUACUUUUUGUGGCGCCAGUUUUCGGAAUUGAAUUGGGAAGUAUGGCUAAUAUAACAUCAAUUGGUCUUGCAUUAUAUCCAGCACUUGAUCCUUUGGUUGUCAUGUUUUUUAUUCGUGAUUAUCGCAAAUAUAUUUUGAGUAGGUUUCAAAAUAAAUUAUAAAAUACAGUUUGUUUUUGUAGAAAAAGUAUGCUUCCAUAAAACCGUCAGCCCAACAACAACAGCGGCAACGAAAACUGACACAGUUAUCUGA